CAGUUAAUGUUAACCACAAACUCAAAGGCUUCAAACUAGCUAAAAAGAAGAAAAAACCCAAAAAAAAACAAAAAAAACAGAGACUAACCAAGUGUAUAGCUAUGGCUACCUCAACCAUCCAACAAUCUGCAUUUGCUGGUCAGACCAUCUUGAAGCAACAAAAUGACUUGGUUCGCAAGGUCGGUGGCAACGGAGGCCGUUUUUCUAUGCGUCGUACAGUAAAGAGCGCUCCACAAAGCUUAUGGUACGGUCCUGACCGUCCCAAGUAUUUGGGCCCCUUCUCAGAGCAGACCCCAUCAUACCUUACUGGUGAAUUCCCCGGUGACUACGGGUGGGACACUGCUGGACUCUCAGCAGACCCUGAAACCUUCGCCAGGAACCGUGAACUUGAGGUGAUCCACUCUAGGUGGGCUAUGCUUGGUGCCCUUGGUUGUGUAUUCCCCGAACUCCUUUCCAAGAAUGGUGUCAAAUUUGGUGAAGCCGUUUGGUUUAAGGCUGGAUCCCAAAUCUUCCAGGAAGGUGGCCUUGACUACCUAGGAAACCCAAACCUGGUCCAUGCCCAAAGUAUCCUAGCUAUCUGGGCUAGCCAAGUCGUUCUCAUGGGUUUGAUUGAGGGCUACCGUGUUGGUGGUGGUCCAUUGGGUGAAGGGCUCGACAAGGUUUACCCAGGUGGAUCUUUUGACCCACUUGGCCUUGCAGAUGACCCUGAGGCCUUUGCUGAACUCAAGGUAAAGGAGCUCAAGAACGGAAGAUUGGCUAUGUUCUCCAUGUUCGGCUUCUUCAUUCAGGCUAUUGUUACUGGAAAGGGUCCCAUUGAGAACCUCUCCGACCACCUUGCUGACCCAGUCGCUAACAAUGCCUGGGCUUUUGCCACCAACUUCGUUCCUGGAAAUUAAGAGCCGUUAGGAUGUAAAAUAACUCAAUGAAAAACGAAUGUAUGCUUUGCAUUGCAGUGAUGGGCAAAGAUGAUGCAACUUUGUACUUCGUAUUUACUGAUGCCCUGAAAUGUAAGGAUUAGUUUCCUGCUGUGGAUUAUUAAUCAUAAAAAAAAGUAACUAUCUUAUAA